CUUCGGUCCUGAAUAUAGUUGACGUCACCGGCGCAUGCGUAGCACACCGGACGGCACUGCAGAAGCAGGCGAGUUCGCGAGUGUAUCGAUUUUACGAUCGUGUCUCUCGCCGCUAGUGCGUCCGUUUCCUUUAGUUUUUAGUGGUCGUGCUCAUAGUACAUGGAUAAAAUCGUGAAUGGGAUUAGUCGCUAGUCUCAUCACUCCGUACAUCUGCUGACUCGCAACACUUUGUCACCCUCGCCAUGACUAAGGAUAGAUUAGCAGCUCUUGUUGCGGCCCAGUCGGACGAUGAUGACGUGGCGGACGAUGUGUCCGUCAAUGUUGGCGGGCCCGAUGAUUUUAUGACCGAGUUUUUCGCGGAAGUGGAGGAAAUCCGCGAAAUGAUAGACAGGAUCCAAACGAACGUGGAGGAUGUGAAGAAAAAGCAUAGUGCCAUUUUGUCGGCACCUCAAACCGACGAAAAGGUUAAAAUGGAAUUGGAAGACCUGAUGUCCGACAUCAAGAAAACGGCGAACAAAGUGAGGGCUAAAUUGAAGGUGAUAGAGCAAAAUAUCGAGCAAGAGGAGCACACGAACAAAUCGUCGGCGGAUCUGAGGAUACGGAAGACACAGCACUCGACGCUCUCGAGGAAGUUCGUCGAGGUGAUGACGGAGUACAAUCGGACCCAGACCGAUUACAGAGAGCGGUGUAAGGGAAGGAUACAACGACAGCUGGAAAUCACCGGUAGGACGACCACCAACGAGGAGCUGGAGGAAAUGUUGGAACAGGGGAAUCCGGCUGUGUUCACGCAGGGGAUUAUCAUGGAAACGCAACAAGCGAAACAGACCCUCGCCGAUAUCGAGGCACGCCACGCCGACAUCAUUAAACUAGAAAACUCCAUCAGGGAGCUUCACGAUAUGUUCAUGGAUAUGGCGAUGUUGGUGGAAAGUCAGGGCGAGAUGAUAGAUCGCAUAGAAUACCAUGUGGAACACGCGGUGGACUACGUGCAGACGGCUACGCAGGACACCAAAAAAGCGCUCAAGUAUCAAAGCAAAGCUCGACGGGUGAGUCCUCCCCAGAUCGCACAAUCCCCGGAUCGAUCUUUUCGUUCGCGUCUAAUUCGUCACUUUUUGUUUUGUUCCCCUCGAUCCUCCACCUCCCCCUCACCUCCCCUCCUUUAUCUUCCUUCCAUCCUAUUUCUCUCUCUCUCUCUCUCUUUCUCUCUCCCAAUUGUACUCGCGUUUCUUUUAAUCCCUUUAUACAUUAUUUCGCCUAUUUAUUUACUAUUUACACGUAACCCGUUUACGCUUUUUGGUUAUUUUCGCUUUUUUCGCCCCCUCCCCCUCGUUUGUACUGCUACCACUACUACUACUACUACUACUACUACUAUUACUACUAUUACUACUGUUAUUAUUACUACAUUACCGCUACUGCUACUGCUACUACUAUUCUCCUGAUACAUAUAUAUAUGUAUAUAUAUAUAUACGACGCGACAUCGAAUAAAACGACGACGUUUU